AUGUCCGGCUCCUCGAAGCUCACCGGCCUUGGAAAGGCAUUCCAGAGUUUAGACCUAGAUGGCCACGACCUACCACCGUCACCGGCGCCCUCGACCCCCCGCAAUGGCAGGAAAUAUGCAUUGGCCACCGAGCUGGUAUACACCGAGGGCAACGACCAGUACAACGCGAGCAGUGUCCCUAUCUACCAGUCCGCCACGUUCAAACAAACCUCCGCGACCGGCGGCGGCGGUGAAUACGACUACACGCGCUCCGGCAACCCAACCCGCACACACCUAGAGCGACACCUCGCCAAGAUCAUGAACGCCUCACGCGCGCUCGUCGUCUCCUCCGGCAUGGGCGCGCUGGACGUCAUAACGCGGCUGCUACGGCCCGGCGACGAAGUCGUAACAGGCGACGACCUGUACGGUGGGACAAACCGGCUACUCAAGUACCUCGCGACAAACGGCGGCAUCAUCGUCCACCACGUCGACACGACCAACCCCGAAAAGGUGCGAGAAGUCGUGAACGCCAAGACCUCGAUGGUCCUACUUGAGACGCCCACGAACCCGCUCAUCAAAAUCGUCGACAUCCCUACCAUAGCGAGUAUAACACACACAGCGGCGCCCUCCGCGAUUGUAGCCGUCGACAACACCAUGCUCUCGCCCCUGCUCCAGAACCCGCUCGACCUGGGCGCCGACAUCGUCUACGAAUCAGGCACCAAGUACCUCUCCGGGCACCACGACCUCAUGGCCGGCGUGCUGGCCGUCAACGACUCCGCCCUAGGCGAGAAGCUCUACUUCAGCAUCAACGCCUCCGGCUGCGGCCUCUCGCCCUUCGACUCCUGGCUGCUGCUGCGCGGGAUCAAGACGCUGGGCGUGCGCAUGGAGAAGCAGCAAGCGAACGCGCAGCGCAUUGCCGAGUUUCUCGAGGAGCACGGCUUCAAGGUGCGCUACCCCGGGCUGAAGAGCCAUCCGCAGUACGACUUGCACUGGUCCAUGGCGCGGGGCGCGGGGGCCGUGCUGUCGUUCGAGACGGGGGAUGUGAAUGUCAGCGAGCGGAUUGUAGAGAGUGCGCGGUUGUUUGCGAUUAGUGUCAGUUUUGGAUGCGUCAAUAGUCUGAUCAGCAUGCCGUGUCGCAUGAGCCAUGCGAGCAUUGAUGCCAAGACGCGGAAGGAGAGGAAUAUGCCCGAGGAUAUUAUUAGGUUGUGUAUUGGGAUUGAGGAUGUGGAUGAUUUGAUUGAUGACUUGAGCAGAGCGUUGGUCCAAGCGGGCGCGGUAAACGUUACGAUUGACGGCUUUCACGCGAGAGGCAACGGGCACACUCUGGGCGAGGCAGAUGACUCGGCGCAGGAAGCUACUGCCUCCUCGUCCUCGUCAACCAUGUAA